AUGGCAACAGGGGGAGGAACACUCCUUAGUGACCAGGAACGCAAUCCUCCGGCAGCCCCGAUCUCUCUCGAGUUUCCUAGUUAUGUUCCGCCGCGAAGUGAGAGCCCAUUGAGCGACAGGCAUUUGAAGGCCCUCUGCAAAGACCUGAGUUCUAUACGCAGACCUUCUGACCUCCAGGACAGCCAUCUUGCACACCUGAAUAUCAAUUUCGAGCAAGAUGUCUCUCUCGCCACCCUCGUCCCGGACAACGAUUUCGCAUCUCGCCCAUUCUUGUACGACGCAGACUUAACUGCUAUGCUGAAUGAACUCGAAGUGGAUAAUGAAGACGCCUAUCGGGAGAUCCUUCGACUUCCUCCGCUAGAAGGAAGAAAGAAGCCCCGCUUGGCUUAUUCAAGGAACUUUUUUGCAAGUUUGGAAGAUAUGAGUCGUUAUUGGGAUGACAGCAAGGAUCAGUAUUAUGAAAUUGAGGCAAAGGAUGCAGAAGAUCAGGCGACGAAGCCCACGCUUCCGGGUAGUAGCAUCCGGACAGAACCACGCAGUCAAUCCGAAGAUACCGGAAUGAAAGACCUUGCUAGGUCUUCACAACCUCCCGUCGGAAACGAUCACGACGCGGUCACAAGCGUGUCCAACCCAUCGCCGGAUACGGAAACUGUGCAGCUACCCACACGGCCAAAGCUGAAGCAGGUAUACAAGGGGCACCGUCUUGGAAAUGGCGAGCAGAUGAAUCCCGGGACGAGGGUAGCAGCAGUCAGAAAUCUGCUGAAAAUGGCCGUUCACAGGUUCAACUGCCGAGACUAUGAGGUCAACCCUCGGGAGAGGCUCAGAAUCCGAAAUAUAAACCUGGCAUCUACGUACUACAACUUUUGCGUAGCCAAAACACCCACUGAUAUGAAAUUGGCAAGAGCAAGGAUGGUAGAAGGCCCCCUAUUUGGCGUGCAUAGCAGGAACGAGGUCAGGUUCAAAUCCCGAGACGGGCUACUGAACCCGUCCAGUGACUUUGUGGGUGAGAAGUAUGACCUAUUCAGAGAGGUGGCAGGCAUGUUAAUGCUUGCACAACAACGGGCGCGGGAAGAUCGGAAGCUCUCCGAAGAGCCUAACGAGCACCAGUGGUGGGCCAUCAAGCCUCGCUGGGGUGGUGGCACGACGAAAUGGGGGCAGCUUGCCCACGAAGUAUAUGAAGAUGAUGACCCGGGUUGGAGUCCAGAAGAGAGACGGCUGCAGAUGGAAAAAAGAGCGAAGCAGGAAGAGGAACGAAAGAAAGCCGAGGCUGCCAGCUUAGCCGAUUUGAACAAUCUCAAACCAGAAGACCUGAUGUCGCAGUCGGCCUCAGGCAGUGAGCGGCCCAAGAAGAAAAAGAAGAGUGGCGAGAAUGGCGGCAAUUCCAACGACAAGGCUGAGUACAGGGAUGGCCGAAGAUUGAUGUACACCCAACCAAUCCGACGAAAGUGGUACCAGGAAUGGAUGAAAGUCCGACCCAAUGCUUCAACCUGGGAUGAAAAGAUCAUCUACAAGAGAAUCGGCAUGCGCGACCGAGAAAACGGCGGAGAUGGCUGGGACACUAUUUACAUGAUUUCUGCGGCAAACCAUCACGCUUGCAUACUAAGAUUGAGCGUGCACGAGGACUACCUUGAGUGGCUGGACACGGGGAAGACGAGGCAAGUCCAGGGUCCCCGUCCUCACGGCAACACGACCAAGCAGGAGCAUAUGCUGUAUGUGAGCCGAAGUCAAUGGUAUGAUUUCUUUGACGUCCAGCAAAGACAAGAGUUGCUGGUCGGCAUCUGGAGGAUUCUGUGUUGGCUUAAUCGAGACGGAAUUCCACCAGAAGAAUACGAGAAGAUGGCGCAGCUGAAGGGAGAACAAGACAGGCAUGACGGAGACCAUGAAAUGAAGAUGUGA